GUAGACUCCAAUGGUGAGUAGGUCAUAAGUCAACCUCGCUUCCUCUGUUUCUCUGAUGGGUAGUUUCGUUAUAGUUUAUGUUUCUCUGUCGCACACUCACUUCACAAACACUUUUUGUUCCCAAUAUCUGUUACGUGCACGUUCCAACCCAAUGGAAAAAGCAUAGCUUCUGUAACCGCAAUCCUCACUAGGUUCAUGCUAAAACAAGGACAGAAAAACGCUACGCUCUCUUUUUUUUUUUUUUUUUUUUUUUUUCCUUUCGUUUUUUAGGUGACCAAUCUCAAUCCUUGUUGGUUUUGUUUCUUCAUACAUAAAAAUGUUUUCUCUUUCUCAUUUUGUUUGUUGGGUUUUUCUCAUUUUAGUCUCGUACUUGUAGCUUUGGUCUCAACUUUAUGUUCCAAUUCUGUGAAAAUUAGGAUCCUCUUUUAGUUUGAAGAAGUGGGGUUUUACUUUUACAUCGGAAAUGGAUAAGAAUUUUGCUCUUUUGCUUGGGUUUUUACUGGUAUUACCUCUGGUUCAUUGCUCUGAUGCUGAUUCUCAGACAGGAGCGAAUAGGACUACUGGUUUAGGUCUCGAAAUUUCAUUGAAUCCGAACGGUACAGACAGUACAAAUGGGAAAAACAGCGCCUCGGAUUUGGUUUUGAAUCCUACUAAAGUUGAAAAAGUAAAGUCAAUGGAAGAUCAAGUGGGUGGAGAAAACAAGGAUAUUGAGAAAGGUAAUGAUGAUAAGAGCAAUUUGGGUAUGCAAACAGAAGCAAAAGAAGCUCAGAAUUUGCAACAGGGAAAGGGUGGAUCGGAUGAGGAACCAAAGCCAAAGGAUGUUUAUGACAAGAAAGAGAAUAAUGAAGGUGACAGUACUGGACCCAAGGAUGUGCCUAAAGAACCAGUGAAAAAGGAAAAUGAGUUAACUUACAAACCGGUUAGGAAGGAGGUUUCUCGCGGGGAAGAAUGCGAUUUAUCUAACCGUUGCACCGCCAAUGAUCAUAAGUUGAUAGCUUGUUUGAGAGUUCCUGGAGAUGAUAUUCCUCAGCUUUCACUUUUGAUUCAGAACAAGGGUAAAACCCCUCUUAAAGUUGCCAUUUAUGCUCCCAAAUCUAUUCAGCUAGACGAAGCUGAAGUAGAUCUUCAGGAGAACGAAAACACAAUGGUCACAUUUUCAAUCCAACAUGAAGGAACUGACAGUCUGAUCGUUUUAAGAGGAGGGAAUGAUAAUUGCACUCUUGAUUUCAGGGAUCCGACAUUGCAUGGUACAAGAAAGGAUGCUGAUAAUUCUCUCAACUCCACACACAAAAACCUCUUGUCACGGAGAUAUGUCAUUGCAUUCGUAUCCUUUUCUGCAAUGUUGAUAAUUGCAUCGCUUUGGAUGUUCAUUGGCUUCCAGCGAAGGAAGCUUUUGAACGGUGGCUAUAAAUAUCAAAAGUUAGACAUGGAUCUACCAGUUUCUAGCGGAGUAAAACCGGAGAUGGACGUAAAUGAUGGAUGGGAUAACAGCUGGGGUGAUAAUUGGGAUGAUGAAGAGGCACCCCAGACACCAUCAAUGCCUGUUACUCCAAGCCUCUCUGCCAAAGGCCUUGCCCCACGCCGGUUAAACAAGGACGGUUGGAAAAGUUAAUUGCAUUUUAUAAGAGCUGACUAAUGCAUUUUUCUGUUUGAUAGUUUUUUUUUUUUUUUUUUGGUGGAAUUUAUAUAUAUAUAUAUAUAUUCCCCCCCCCCCCCCCCCCCCCCCGCGGGGUUUUUCUUAGGUGAAAUAGAAACUCAGAAAAAACUUAAAUAUACAUUUUGCUUGUUUCCACUUCUUUUUAAAGUAAGCCAUGUGAUUUUUCUUCUAAAUCAGAUGGGUGCUUCUUCCACAGUUUCCUGUAACAUUUCUUUAAUGCCACAAUUGUUCAAGCUGGGCUCUACUCUGGUCCACGACCUCUUCAUGCAAAAGAAGGGAAGUCUGUUGAAAACUUAUAUAUUAUUAACAUGUUCAACCGAGCUCAUUCAAAAGAUGCUUUUGCUUUGAGUUUCUACUUCUUCACCUAACUAGAUUUUUCCCUACCUUUUGUUCUUUUCUUUUUUUUUUAUUUUUUUCUCCCUCCAAAUAAAAACAAAUCAGAUUGAAAUUUUUUUAAUAAAGUUCAUGAACUAUAAGCUGUCUAUUGCAGAAAAAGCAUAUUACUUGAUGAAGGCUGAACUGGUCAAAUUAAACUCUAAUGCACCAACCAUUGAAGUGGACCUUCCAACUCCAUGCCACUAAAACUCCUCCUACUGGGCCAAACUUCUAGCAGAUCAUCAAAGUUGUUUGGUUUUGGACUUUAAUUGGGUUGGGCAAUCCAAAUACAUGCUAAAUCUGUAUGACCA